UUUCUUUUCAGUACUCUCCGUUAGUCAACGUCUUAAACGAUUCUUUGGAUUAAUCAAACAAAAAUUGAUUGAUUUGAAUUUAUUUCAACGUGUUCCUCCAACACAAGAUGAAAAUAUUCUUCGACAAGAACGUUAUACUACACGACUUUAUAUAAUUCUAUUAAUUAUGUCGCUGAUCAUUUUCACUAUUUUCACAUCUAUUGUACCACAAACAAUUCAUAUUACUUCUGAAUCACUAUCACCAGAGAAGUUCAGUCAACUUUAUCAGCAAUAUCCAAAAACACUUGAUUGUCCUUGUACUCAAACAACAAUCGACUAUCAAUUAAUGUGUAACAUCACACCUCAAUAUCAUGAAGUAUGUUCAAGUGAAUUUGUCUCUUCUAGAUGGAUCAAUAUUGAAUUUAAUAAACCUUCAAUGGCAAAUUUAUCAACAGAUGAUUUUCGUUACCAAUCUCAAUUUCACUUUCAACUUUUAUCAACAUUAUGUCAAAUGGCUGAUGAAAUAGUUCAAGAUUCUCUUCAAUCAUUCAAUCAAACUAAAUUUGUCACAAAUAAACUAUUAGAUCGUCAAUCAUUUAAAACGCAAAUCGAUUCAAUCGUGGCAGAUUUCAAAAAAAGUCUACCUCCAUUAUUUCAACGUGUAAUUCAAUUGAUAAAAACAAACUUCAACAUUAAUCAAUUCAUUACACCAAUGAAUUCUGAAUUUGAUCGUGAUACAGGCGAUGACGAAUUAAACAGAUAUAUUGACAUACGUACUUUUUAUCGUCUACGGUCAGAAAAACAGAACUAUUCCGUAAACGAAGAAACCUUAAACAACGCACUUUUCUGCUAUUCUAUUUCUUCAUUUGAAUGUUACCAGGAGACCAGGAUAAAAGAAUACGCAAUUAACGACAUUAUUCCUGGAAUGGUACAAUCAUGGUUUCCUUUUCAAGCACUUUUGAUGUCAACAUUAGAAUGUUUUUAUAAUGAAACAUGUCUUUCUAACAUCAAACUAUACAUUAACUCAACUCAAUCAUCAAUUAACAUUACUACACUAAACUCAUCAUCAUUGAAUAAUAGUCAAUAUGAUCGAAUUGAAACAUUGGCUAAUGAUCUUUUUAUUCGAUCAUGGGAUAAUGAAAGUUCCUAUCAAUCAUAUUUUAAUCAUUGUCACCCAUUAACAUGUCAAUACAGUUAUAAAAGUCGAUUAAAUUUUAUUUAUAUUGGAACAAAAAUUAUUGGAUUUAUGGGUGGUAUCAAUGUUGUUCUAAAUCUAUUAUUGCCAUUUAUUGUUAAAUUAUUGACUAAACUUUGGAAUUACAUUCUUCAACGUCAACGAAAUAACUCCAACACAGUAAGAGUAUCAAUAUCUAUACGAACCCGUACGAAAACUUUAGGAUUUUGGAAUUAUCUUCGAGUUCUUUGGAUGUCUAGUAAAAAAAAUAUUGAAGAAUUAAAUCUCUAUCCAAUUAUUCCACCAUCAACAGAUUCACAAAUUAUUCGUCGAAAUCGACACAUAACUCGAAUCUAUUUAAUAUUAUUAAUUACAGCUUUGUUCAUUCUUAUUAUUUAUACAUCAUUGAAACAAGAAACAGUGACAGUGUCAGUUCCAUAUCCAUCAUUAUCAAAAUACGAAGAAUUAUUCGUUCAAUAUCCUAUAACAUUGCAAUGUCCUUGUGAUCGUAUUACAAUCAAAUUCAAUGAGUUUAUCUCUCAAAUUGAACCUCAAUAUCAUCAGAUCUGUUCAAGUGUCUUCGUUUCACAAAGAUGGCUCGAUAGUGUGUCUUAUAACAUAUUAUCGAGAAAUGACAUAAUGGAUGAAGACUUUCAUCACAUACUUCAGAUGCAAUUCCAAACUUUGUUAACACUUUGUAAAGUCUCUAAAAGUACAUUAAAUAUAUCGUUGUCAAUAUUCAAAGAAACUGAUUUGAUUACAGCAUAUGUUAUUUCUCAUGCUGAAUUCAACAAUCGAACAGAAACAAUUAUAGAACAGUUCAAACAAACAACAUCCAAUCAGUUUAUUGAAACAUUUAAAUUAAUUCAAGCAACAAAUCAUGCAAAUCAACUUGCCACAUUGUUUUACUCUAACUGGGUGUUCUUUAGAAAAUAUCCAGAUAAAUAUGCAAGUUCAAUUAACGAUGAGCUGAUAGAUGUACUAACUCGACCAAAAGAAUAUGGAACACAUAAUUGUUCAUGUGGAAUACAAUCAAAUUGUUCAAAACUAUCCGAAUUUCGAUUUCUGACAUUAGAAAAACCAUUCACAGAACUUCUUUCGGGAUUUCUUCGUGGGUGUAUGAUGUUCGAUUCUUUGUUGCAGUCGACUUUGACUUGUCUCUAUAAUAAGACAUGUCUUGGUUUUAUGCAAGCAUCUAUAUACGAUUCUAAACCUCUACCAGUUAAAAUUCUCUCGUACUCUUCAUUAGAAAUGCCUAAUGCAACGAUCGAAACACUUAUUAAUCAAAUGUUUGUUUCUCAAUGGUUUCAAAAUACAUCAUUUGAUCUUUAUUUUAAUCAAUGUGCACCUCAAUCAUGUGAAUAUUCUUAUGUAUUAGAAUAUAACUCGCUGUAUGUUGUAACAACAUUAAUUGCUCUCUUUGGUGGUUUGACAGAUGGACUAUAUUUUGUUGUGAAGGUUUUAGCAAUUAUCGUAUACAAAAUCGUUGAUUGGCGAAAGAAGAAAAGUCAAGUCGCACCAAAUUUAGAAUCAUCGAAUAUCAUUAUGAACAAUGAAGAUAAUGAGGAGGCGAGCGACGCAGUUUCGAUUUCGACAACGACGACAACAGUUCAGGUCAACAUGACUUCUAUCGAAGAACGGCGACAUCCAGAAAAAUUGCGUCGAGAUCGAAGAAUGCUAAUUGGUUUAAGUCUGUUAAGUAUAGUUGGAAUAAUAACAGUGUCUGUUAUCUUGUUUAUGGCUCGAAAUAAAGAACAGCAGAUGAUCUCAACAACCAUACAAACAAUUACAAAAACCAGUAGUAGCUUCAUAUCAGAACCGACAUCAACAGAUAUUUGCCAUAUGACUUUGAAAUAUCAAUCUCAAACUUAUCCAACUGGUCCUAAUCCUGCAUCAUUCGUGACUGGUGAUUUUAAUCAUGAUAGCAUUGACGAUUUAGCUGUGACUAAUCCUGAGUCAGAUACAAUUAGUGUGUUGUUGGGAAAUAAUGAUGGAAAAUUUCAAACACGACAAACCUAUUCAACAGGAAAAGGAUCUAGUCCAAGACAAAUAGCAAUUGGUGAUUUUGAUAAUGAUACAUUCUUAGAUUUAGUUAUUGUUUUAUCCGCAACAAAAGAAAUAGUUAUUUUUUAUGGUACUGGAUCAAACAAUCUAUUUAUUCCAUCAACUGACGAUGUUAUCAGCAAUUCAAUAUACAUUCAACCGAAUGCGAUCGCAGUUGUUGAUAUCACUAGUGAUGGUUUUAUUGAUUUAGUUGUUAGUCUACAAGAUGAUCGAGAUUCUCGAUACCAAUUUACUGCCUUUGUAAAUAUGGGCGGCAGAUCUCAAUUUGAAGGUAGACUAUGCGUGUGUACGAUCUACGGUGGUAUAGUCAUUUCAAUAGUCGUCGAUGAUUUAGAUAAUGAUAAAAGACGAAAUGAUAUGAUCUGGCUCACCAGUGAUGGUCUCGUGAUAACUCGCAGUGCAGAUGUAGGAAAAUUUGACUUCAAAGAAAAAAAUUUCACAGAUGACAAAAUGUAUAAAAAUUCAUCGGCUGUAGUUACAGGAAGAUUCAAUGACGAUGAAUUCGUCGAUUUGGCGCUGAUUUCUUCUCAAUCGGACACAUUACAAGUUUUACUUCGCUAUAAAGAUAAAUUAGAAUGGAAGAGUAUUCCAAUGAUUUAUCUCACAGAUCAUUAUCCGACAUCUAUUGCUCGAAUUAAUUUUAAUAAUGAUCAAAUCGAUGAUUUAGCUAUAUUACAUUGCAACGGAACUGUAGCAAUAUUUAUUGGCUCAACUGAUGGACUUUUUGAACGAAAAGAUUUAUCUUUUGGAACUCAUGUGGGUUGCACUGAUAAAUGUUGCCAGUCAUUGCAAGUAAUUGAUUUGGAUCGAGAUGGAAGAAAUGAUUUAGUGUUUAUUGAUACAGAAAUGAAUAGCAUUCAAGUUAUUUUAGGUUUACCUUGCAAUGAAUAG